UUACUAUAAAUAAUGCUUCACUCUUCAGGUUAUUACAGUCACAACAAACUUACUAUCCUGAAAGGAUCUCACUUUUCUCUUAAAUAAGAAAAAUAAGAAAAAUAUUCUAAAGGUGAGUGAGUUUUAAGGAUAUAUUAUCUGUCUUGUAUAUACACCAAUCAAGGUUCAGUUAUGUUGAUAUUUAACACAGAACAAAGAUGAAGGGUUUACUCCUCGUCGUACUUUUGGCAGCGGCAGCCUCAGCCGCCAUCGUCAGCCAAGACAUUGCUGAAGCUCCCGAGGCGAUCGUCACGUAUGAGAACAUACUGUAUAGCGACGACGCUGAAGUGGCUGAAAUAGAAGCUGGUAGCAGAAGCGUUGAGAUUGAGACUCGUCGCAAUCUCAGCGUGGGGACCAUUGGCAAUAGCAGACUGCUUGUUUCUAGUCAACACAUUAGAGGGGCUAUCGCGAACACAAUCAUCGUCCAGAACAUUACUUUCAACUUUGCUGCCAGUAUCAGAAUAUCCGCGAUCCGAGUGACGCGAGUAGGAGCCUCACAGAACGCGACCCCAUCUAUAGUUUCUGGAGGGCUUAACCGAAACUUUGUGACAAUCAGACUGCAGUCAGCCAGAGGCCGCGGCUACAACUACAGGAUUCAGAUCUACGGACGUUAAACUACUGCAAGUUAAGACUCUUACGCGUGUGAGAAUGUACUGAAAACAAUUAUUUUUAAGAUUGAUUUGUAACUUGAAAUGUUUACAAUAAAUAGUUAUUACUUUACA